AUGCUGUACCUGACGCGUUUGAUCGGGCUGACAGUGUUAGCGGGGCUGCUGCUGGAUGGCGCGUCAACGACGAACGAUGUUACACACGCGCCGGGCUGCGUGUCCACCAACCUCAGCUGGCAAGCCCGCGAAGAGGAAUGUUUCGAGGCCGGCUGCAACCUGCCGUAUCGGGGCUCAGGAAAUCUGGUUUGCAACAGCUGUGAUGGGAAGGGCGAGGCAAUCCAGCUGAGCGCCUGUCCGAGUGCCAAUUGUCGCCAGGUCCCGGUGCUAUGCACUUUGAGAAAAGGGCAUCAAGCCCGCUGCCCAAGGCCCGAUAUGCUGCUCGCCUACACGGACCGCACAUGCAGCACCUGCCACCAAGCCAUCAAGCGGGGGUACCAGGUCUGGAUAUGCAGGAACUGCCAAUACAUUCCGCCAAAAUACCGGCUGCCAAGGUGGUACUGCGGCCACUGCUGGACCCCUCCUCCUUCGAUGACCGAGGAUUACAAAUCAUACAGGGCCCUUCUCGUUGCCAACGUCCGGCAGUCACAGAAUGAUGUCCAUCUGCCACCGCCAAAGUCGGAGUCCCACUCAUGA